UACACGCAAUCGGUUUUACGUUGAACGCCGCAUGCACAGUCGAUAAAAAGUCUUUCUUUCAUUUCUUUGUGCUCGUGAGAUAAGCUCGAGAACGAGACAUUUUGGCCACAGCAAUUACGCAGGCAAGAGGAACAAUAAUUUAAAUAAAAAUGGGAAAGGAAAAGAUUCAUAUCAACAUCGUUGUCAUUGGACAUGUCGAUUCCGGGAAAUCCACAACUACCGGUCAUUUGAUUUACAAAUGCGGUGGUAUCGACAAGCGAACCAUUGAAAAGUUCGAAAAGGAAGCCCAAGAGAUGGGCAAAGGUUCAUUCAAAUAUGCGUGGGUGUUGGACAAACUUAAAGCCGAACGAGAGCGUGGUAUUACCAUUGAUAUUGCGUUGUGGAAAUUCGAAACUGCCAAGUACUACGUCACAAUCAUUGACGCUCCCGGUCAUCGAGAUUUCAUCAAGAACAUGAUUACCGGUACAUCUCAAGCCGAUUGUGCUGUACUGAUUGUUGCAGCUGGAACCGGCGAAUUUGAGGCUGGUAUCUCGAAGAACGGUCAGACUCGUGAGCAUGCGUUACUAGCAUUUACCUUGGGUGUCAAGCAGUUGAUUGUCGGCGUUAAUAAAAUGGAUUCAACCGAACCGCCGUAUCACGAAGCUCGUUAUGAGGAGAUCAAAAAGGAAGUGUCCUCGUACAUCAAGAAGAUCGGCUACAAUCCAGCCGCAGUUGCAUUUGUACCCAUUUCUGGGUGGCAUGGCGAUAACAUGCUGGAACCAUCCGAAAAAAUGCCGUGGUUCAAGGGAUGGCAAGUGGAUCGCAAAGAGGGCAAAGCUGAAGGAAAGUGUUUGAUUGAAGCUCUCGAUGCUAUUUUGCCGCCUUCCCGUCCUACCGACAAGGCUCUACGCUUACCGUUGCAAGACGUCUACAAGAUUGGUGGUAUUGGAACGGUUCCGGUCGGUCGAGUCGAAACUGGUGUUCUGAAACCAGGAAUGGUUGUGGUGUUCGCACCAGCAAACUUAACCACUGAAGUUAAAUCAGUGGAAAUGCAUCACGAAGCGUUGCAAGAAGCUAUGCCAGGUGAUAACGUCGGAUUCAAUGUGAAAAACGUUUCUGUCAAGGAACUGCGUCGCGGCUACGUGGCUGGCGAUUCCAAAAACUCUCCACCACGUGGCGCAGCUGACUUUACUGCUCAGGUAAUCGUACUGAAUCAUCCCGGCCAAAUUGCCAAUGGAUACACACCCGUUCUCGAUUGCCACACGGCUCAUAUUGCGUGCAAAUUUGCCGAAAUCAAAGAAAAAUGCGAUCGUCGUACGGGCAAGACGACCGAAGAGAAUCCGAAAGCGAUAAAAUCGGGCGAUGCGGCCAUCAUCAACUUGGUGCCGACGAAACCGUUGUGUGUGGAAAGUUUCCAGGAAUUUCCGCCACUCGGACGCUUUGCCGUUCGGGACAUGCGACAAACGGUGGCCGUUGGCGUCAUUAAGUCCGUCAAUUUCAAAGAGAUUUCCACGGGCAAAGUAACAAAAGCCGCAGAAAAAGCCCAAAAGAAAAAAUAACUAGAGAACGGUCAAAGCGGCACCGUUUCGAUAACAGUUUAUAAUACUAAUAUUCAUCAAUGCCAUAAUUUCUUCUUCGGUAAAAACUAUUCGACAAUUAUCGUUCAGGCUGACAUGCAAUGUGUUGCUGAUUUUAUUGGUAAUAGUUUUGUAGUUCAACGACGAUUGUUUGCUAGUUGCCUCAAACAAAUUAAAUCGUAUGCAUCGCGUCACCGUAAAGCUUUUCGUAGGAAACAUCAUCUGUUCGCCAUCAUUCAUCGCCAUCAUCCAAAUCAUCAAAGCAUUACCGAUUCUCGCAUCCGAUCUCAUCUUGAUCAUUUCCAUCUCAUCCAUUCAAUCACUAAGUUAAACAAUGUUUCCGUUCGUUUAAUUUGCAUUUUAUUCACUUCAUUCAUAACAUUGAUCGUUAAGCAGUUGAUUUUACAAUUAUUAAGCAUCACUAGUCAAGACUAUUUUCCAAAUUUAUUAUCACUUGCCUCAUGAGUGUGCGGUUAUAUAUUGAAUGUAUGUAUAUGUGCUAACAGACGUUGAGGUGGUAAACCAUUUGUUUUUUUGAGAGAAUUUUAUUCCAACCGUUUUGAUUUUAUUUCAACCGGUACUGUUUAAGAAUUUUAUAUCUUUCUCGCUCAAAAACGGCCAUUUACCGAAGAGAAAAUCCAACGAAGAGAGAGAGUUUCGUGAGAGUUUAUUUAUACGAAUUUGCAGUUCUUCUGUAAAAUUUACAGCUCUACAGUAAAGUGACGCAAGAUGACAAAGCUGAUCUUUGAUAUUGUUUAUCAGGAUCGAUUCCAAAAUAAUUCAUAUUUCACUUGCUGUAAGUUCGUAACAUGUUUUGCAAUAAUAGUAGAUUAUUGCACAUGUCUUCUAACCGACUCAUUAAAUAAAUGUUUUCUGCAUAUACUCGAAUCGAGUACUUGUUUCAACAAACAUUUCCGAUCUACGAAAUUGGUUUUCUAUGCAAACGAGAAGAGCAAACGUCUACAUUCAAAUUAUGCGUUACCUGUUGUGGACGGUAGAUUCUCGGCAAUUUCGCGAAUUUUCAUGCCUACGGCCUAAAUUACGAGAAAAACUCUGAAAUUUAUGCCUAAGCAUAACACUGCUCCUAGCAUGAACACUGAAUUGACAGUUGCCAAAUUUGGAGGCCUUAGUGAUACGAGUUACCGCUUAGAAUUGUUUGUAUUGUAUGUUUUAACUCAUACAACAAAAGCAAGUCAUCUAUCUGUACAAAAGAAACGCAGUGCCUGCUGUGUGAUUUCAUCAGCCUCCGAGUAUAUUCUAUGUUCAUGCUAUAAGCACUGCUGUGGCCUAAGGCAUGAACAUUCAAAUACGUCAAAGUAUACCAAAUUGUUGUGGUCAACUAUUGUGAAUAAAGUGAAGAAAACGUUUCGUUUGUUCUAGUCACAUACGACAAUUUUUGUUGUCCGUUGCACAGUUACUAUGCGACACAUGAUCUUAUUCAACACCCAUUCUACAAACGAAAUGUCGAUGUAAUGUGAAAAGAAUCAUCACUGCAACGAUAGUUGCUACAAUAGUUGGAGUUACAUUUAAUCGUUACAACAAAUAAUUCUCAAUCUUCGUCAGUUUUAUCUAGCAUUAUAACGGAAAAUUGUUUUGAACAAAGAACUUGCGGUAUCUGUCAAACGUUUGGACAAAAGAAUUUCUUCUCCAUUUGACACUUGCGGGAAGGUUCGAACAAAAGAAGAUUUCCCUGUCAGAGCAGUCUAUAGAGCAAAAUAUCGAGAACUGACCGCAGAUGUGUGUCCUUACAAUAAUUGUUACAGCUGACGUGAAUACACUUUUGUCAACAUGAAAAUACAAAUGGCAGAUUCAAAAAGUGGUGCGGUUCGGUAAUGACCUUUUUUCGAGCGAGAAAAAUAUUAAACUAUUCACGCUACAAGAAAGACUCUGAAGGGCAUCUUAUGUUCUCGAAAUGGCAAAUAAGUUUUUACCAAUUCUCGAACAUAGAAUACACUUUACCGUGCUUGUAGCGUAAAAUACUAUUAAUUUUAUCAUUUACGACCAAAACUUAACUCAAGUUUAUGUUCUCAACACUCCAACUGAACGUUAAGUUAAUGAAUUCGAUUGAUUUUUGAUAUUAGAAAGAAAAUUUAGGUAUACGAAAACACUGAAAAGAAACAACCAGGAUAGAAGAAGUAGACAACUAUUGGCAUUAAUUGUGUGAUAAAAAUGAGAGUUUUUUUGCCUGAAUAUCUUUUUGUUUGACGACCGACUUCUAUUGAUUUAUUUUUCUGUGAUUUGUACCGAGCGAAAUGAGGAACCAAAGAAAAUACCGAUUGCGUAAAUCAACACAAAAUAAAACCUCAAGAACAUGUGCAUAAAAGACAACACAAUUCGUUGCAUUAAUUUUAAGUAUUGUACGAACGAAAACAAACUAACUCUUUUUUAACCAAAAUGUUAUUGACCAUUUUAUUGAUGUUAUUUAAAAUUAAUUUUUAAUUAUGAAAACGAAUGAACUGAAAAAGCUAAUAACAGUAAGGAGAUUAAAGCUCACCUAUCAUACCACGAAAAUUCAAUUCCAUCUCAAUUCCCACCAAACAAAGAGUGAUCCUCAUUUGAUAUGCGAUAUGAUUUUGUAGAGAGAACCAAAAAAAAGAAUUGAAAAUUUUAACAAAAAAUUGACUCUAUAAAAAAAAGCUUGAACAUAGAGACUAAGAAUUUAUGAUUCUAUACCAAUAAAAGGGGCUUGAAGAUA